AUGAACGAUGAUACUUCCGCCGGCGUGCCGGGUUGGGAGCAGAAACAGUCCAAACGCAAGCGUCUGCGUUCUUUCUUCAGGCCGCCAAAAGAUUCCGACAAGGGGAUCCCACCUGCGUCUCAACCCGCACCCUCCACCGAGGUAAAUAGAGGACUCAAUCCGGCCUCACCCAGCCGCUCCGAGUUUCCCAUUGCUCCUGCCGCUCGCGUCCCCUUUAACCUCGUCCCCUCAUCUUCUAUAUCCACCAAACCUAUAGGAGUUAUCGAGUGGAUUAACCAGUUGCCUGACGACCCCCCCGAGCUGCUUCCCGAAACCGACCCAAGAGCCACGAACCACCUCUGGAACGAGGUAGUCAAGUCGAAGACGUCGGCUCCUUCUAACGCCCCAAUGGCCCCACCGACGCCGCAGUCAAAUAGCGCCAGCCAGGUAUUUACUGGCCGUGAGUGCUUUGCCAUGCUGCAGCAAUGCUACGGCAUUCGUGAGGUUGAUAGAUCGGACGACAGGGGAGCGGCUCUAUAUAGCAUCUUAAUCGACUUCAAGUCCCUAUCCAAAAAGGGGGUAUCCGCCGAGGCGUUUGCUAAAGCCUUUGGGGCAAUGAGCCCAGAGCUGGUGAUAUCAAAGCUCUUUACCAAACUCGAGCUCGUCAUAAGCCCCCCUGGCAAGGAUGGGAAGCCGCUCGUUCGUCCAAUUCUUAGGACCAACGACCUAACCCUUUAUAACUCCGCCAAACCCAACAAUCCCUCCCAUAAAAAGUGGCUCGAACCAACGAUCGUUGGCGAGUACAAGAGUGAGGCGUUAGGAGUCCGAGAUGGAUCGAUGGUCCGGGGCAAUUUACGCCUUACCAGUAACAUGCCCAUCCCCGCGUGGCAAGCUGCCAACCUCCCACUCCAGCGCGACAUCAAUCUGUCACUCGAUGGAAAACACGAUAUGGCCUUCUGGCUCAAAGCUAGUUGGUUCCCUCACGAUAUGGCGCUCGUUAAAGAGCACAUGUUCGUUAAUAAAUACGGAGAGACGUGCCCUUACUUGCACGUGAUUAUUGAUGACCUGGACUCGGCGGUCUUUGGGGCUGUCCGAGAGAGAUAUGUUAAGAGCAAGGUUGCGAUGAAGAGCGCCAUGCAUUUAUACAAUCGCUGGCUGUUGAGAAAAAAGGUAUUAAGUGUCAAAAAGUUGACCUUCGGAGCGAAAGGGGACGAAGGAAGUGUGGAUAAUAUCCGGCAAUAUGCCAUCAGCGUCGUACACGAUGCUUAUAUUAUAUAUUCCUUUAACCCUCGGGUCAGGGACAACAGAUGGCGGGGUUGUGAGAUGGUUCUGAUAUAUCAGGGCCGGUUGAGUGUAGAGGAGGAGUUGAAGGGGUUUGUUACAGAAUUCGAUAGAAUUCAACAGUGGGGAGAGUCAAUAUUUCUCGACGGAAUUGCUAAAGAUCUUGAUGAGUGUAUUGAACCUGCCGGUAGUAACUAA